GAAGGGGGCGGGGUUAGUUUCGUGCUGUCAGUCUUGUGCCUGGGAAGGAUGUGAUUGGCUGGGGUGGCAGCAAAGAGGGGGCGGGACCAAGCAACCGCCGGCGUUCCUUUUCUUUUCGACCAGCCUCAGACACAGGCAAACCGGCUGGGCGCUUUUCAAAAAAGGCCAGCCACGGCGGCGAGCGCAGUGGGGCACGCGCGCCGCCGCUGAAAGAGAGCGCGAGCACGCGCAAGGAAGAGAGAGAGAGAGAGAGAGACGGCGGUUGCUGCUGCGCUUUAUAAAAAGAAGAAGAAGAAGAAUACGGAGAAGCGAGUCUGGCAGAGAAGAAGAAGAACAAGGGGACGAAGACAUAAAAGAGGACUAGGCUGGCCACCGCUUCGGAGGAGCGCAGGUGAAAAUUGGUAACCAGAAUUGGAGAGACCCCAUGCACUGACUAUGUCCAGGAGGAAGUCUGAGAACAAAAGCCUUCCAGGCUUGUUGCCUGCAUCUCUUCAGACACAAAUAAAGACAGAGAAUUUUCACAGUUUCUAUGAAGUAGAACCAAAAGAGUUGGGAAGAGGAAAAUUUGCUGUUGUUAGAAAAUGUAUUGCAAAAUCUUCAGGCCAAGAAUAUGCAGCUAAAUUUCUGAAGAAAAGGAGAAGAGGACAAGACUGCAAAGCUGAGAUUCUGCAUGAAAUUGCUGUUCUAGAAGUAACAAAGCUGAGUCCUCAUAUUGCAAAUCUCCACGAAGUCUAUGAGACAACAAAUGAAGUCAUCUUAGUAUUAGAAUAUGCUGCAGGAGGAGAAAUUUUUAAUUUAUGUCUCCCUGAUAUAGAAGAAACCAUACACGAAACGGAUAUUAUUAGGCUUAUACGACAAAUACUGGAAGGCAUUUGUUAUCUGCAUCAAAACAACAUUGUGCAUCUUGAUUUAAAGCCCCAGAAUAUUUUGUUGAGCAGUGUGUGUCCCCUUGGUGAUAUUAAAAUAGUUGAUUUUGGUAUGUCUCGGAAGAUUGGCAAUUGCUGUGAGCUACGGGAAAUUGUUGGAACCCCUGAAUAUCAAGCACCAGAAGUCUUAAACUAUGAUCCUAUUACUACAGCAACAGAUAUAUGGAGUGUGGGUGUAAUUGCAUAUAUGCUGCUUACGCAUGAAUCUCCAUUUGUGGGAGCAGAUAAACAAGAAACAUACCUCAAUAUUUCGCAAGUAAAUGUGGAUUAUUCUGAAGAAACAUUUGCUUCAGUUUCAUUGUUGGCUAGAGACUUCAUUCAAAAGCUACUUGUUAAAAAUCCUGAAGAUCGACCAACCGCAGAAGCCUGUCUAUCUCACUCUUGGCUUCAGCAAGGAGAUUUCCUCUUGUUGUACAGCCCUGAAGAAAGUCCCAGUUCUUCUCCAACAUGUGAUCAUAUAAACAAAUGCACAGAAGAGAGAAAUAAUAAUAGGCCCAUGUGUAAUGGCAUGUGCGGUGAACGAGAAGAUAAAGAGAAUAUACCAGAAGACAGCAGUACAGUCUCCAAGCGAUUUCGCUUUGAUGAUUCCUUGCAGUACCCUCAAGAAUUUCCAACAGACUUUGUAUGUUAACAAAGGCACUCCUACAGAUUAUUUUGAACUGACUGGGAUUAUGACCUACUCAUGUGGCAUAUGCUUUAAGGUUGUGGCUUGUCCACUACUAUGUUGUGGUUAUCCUGGAAAUGCACUUUUGAGUUGAUCUUGUGUUGACCCUUCUUUGUGCUGCC